CACCACAGUCACGUGGUUUUGUUAUUGUAGGAAGUGAAGAUGGCUGCUGAGUCGUUUCUCUCCGAGUCGGCUCUUGGUUGGUCUAUUUUCACCUUUAUACUAUUGGUCAUCCUUGCUUUCUGUUGGGUCUACAUCCGCAAAUUUCAAAGUCGCCAGGAGAGUGAAGUUGUUUCAACCAUUACGGCAAUAUGUGCACUGGCUAUAGCGCUAAUAACAUCUGCACUUCUUCCCGUGGAUAUCUUCCUCGUCUCGUUCAUGAAGUACCCGAAUGGCACCUACAAGGAAUGGGCUAUAAACAAUGAGACAAGAGCCCAAAUUGAAGAUACUGUUCUGUAUGGAUAUUACGCACUUUACUCCAUCAUCCUCUUCUGUGUGUUUCUAUGGAUCCCUUUUGUUUAUUUCUACUAUGAAGAAAGAGACGAUGACAAUGUCAACAGAUGCUCGCAAGUCAAAAACGCUCUGAAGUACACGAUUGGAUUUGUACUUGUCUGCGUGGUGUUGCUAUUAAUUGGAGCAUUUGUGCCCCUGGAGGCUCCACCACAACAGAAUGCCACACAGUGGGAGAAAGUUCAAUACCUUUUUGAGGAACUUGGCAGCGGCCAUGGCCUACAUGCUCUUGCUUUCUCCAUCAGCACUCUGACUCUGAUCGGGAUGCUGGCAGUGAUCACUUACACAGCAUACGGAAUGUCUGUGUUGCCUUUGAAUCUGAUAAAAGGCACACGGAGUGUGGCAUAUGAACGCCUGGAGAACACAGAGGACAUGGAUGAUGUCGAGCAUCAGAUCGAGAAGCUGAAAUCCAAGUGUCGAGAUGGACGCCCUUUGUCAUCACGGGACAGAAACCAUCUGCAGGAACUCGAAGAAAAGUUGCAGGUCCUACAGCGGAGAGGGAGACACCUGGAAAUUGCUGAGAGGAACUGCUGCAACAAAAUGGGUAUUGCUCUCAGACCUUUUAAGAUUAUACUGGGCAUUUUCUUUAUCCUGGUUGCUCUGCUCUUUUCUGUUGCGCUGUUCAUUUCAAAUCUGGAUAAAGCUCUUCACUCUGCUGGUAUCAGCUCUGGAUUUAUAAUCUUUGGCACCAAUCUAACCAAUCCUUUGAAUGAACUUCUAUUAGCUUUACAGCCUGUGUUUCCAUUGGAUUAUAUCCUGAUUACAGUCAUCACAGUGUAUUUUGUACUCACAUCCAUGGCGGGUAUUCGCAACAUGGGCAUCUGGUUCUUUUGGAUAAGGCUGUACAAAAUUCGACCCAAAAGAACACGUCCCCAGGCUCUUCUCUUCCUCUGUAUGAUUUUGCUUUUGAUUGUUCUCCAUACCAGCUACAUGAUCUACAGUCUUGCACCUCAGUACGUGAUGUACGGCAGCCAGAAAUAUCUCAUAGAGAGUCCAUCGGGCCAUACUUCAGGGAACACUUCAUUCAGCACUACCAGGGUCUGUGAUGCCAAUGCGCCUGAGGACCAAUGCAUUGUAACCAGGUCAUAUCUUUUCCUCCACAAGUUUUGGUUCUUCAGUACCAUCUACUACUUUGGGAACUGGGCCUUUAUUGGGGCUUUCCUCAUCGGCCUGGUGGUGUCAUGCUGCCGGGGGAAGAAGUCUGUGAUUGAAGGCGAGGUGGAGGCCGAUGACUCAGACGUCAGCGAUGAUGAAUAUGUGCACUGAGGUUCAAUACGCACGCACCCUCGGAUCAGCACAUCCAGCCAUAACUUAAGGGGACUACAAAGUACAAUUUGGCAAGUCAUUAAUUUGCUUCCAUUUUAUUUUAUUGCUUUGAAGGAGGUCUGCUCCCGGACAACGUGACUGAAGAUGUUGAAAUUCAAAGGACGUCCUCCAAGGAAAUGCAUAAAGAACCGUAGACAUUAAGACAAAGCUUGUAUGCAAAUUGUGCAUUUACUGAAUUAUUUCUAGAGCAGAGAUUUUUAAACCUUUUCAGCUCAACACCCACAUUUUCAUUCUUUUUGAGUAAACAAUAAUGAGUGAUAAAGAUAAGAAUGUAUUGAAAUAAAAUGAAAAAUCAAUUUGCCAAGAAAUUGUUUGUCUGUAUUGUAUCUUACUAAAUUUUUGACCCAUUUGAGUUACAACUGUUUGGAAAUCCCAGCUCUAGACCCUUAACAUGGUUGCCCAUCACCUCUAAAAUUCCUUUUGUGCUAAAUACUACUAUAUGAAACAAAUUUCUCAUAUUUUGUAUCUGUCUCUUGAAAGAAAUGCUGUAUACUGCUUUAAUUUCCUCUUUUGUUCACCAAGACUCUGACUUAAACUGUUCAAAUUGCAUACGGUACUGAACGUGUUAAGCUGACCAUCAAGCGGUCUUGUUUUCACAUCACAUUUCAUUUAAUGUUUUUGGUUCAAAUUAUUUUUCCUGCCUGUAUUAUAAAGAUGCGGGGGUGUGUGGGAGAUAGUCUUAUUAGAACCAUUCACUUUUCUUUUUUUUUUAAGCGGCACGUAUUUUUUGGGUUUCUUUUUGAUUAUCAUUGAAUUGUUUUUCAUUUCAAAGCGAGUGCAUCUGGCUGAUUUACAAAUAGAUCUAAUAGACACUAUGAACUUUUUCAAAUAGUUUUGCAUAAUAAAUGUGGAUCACAAUGAUGUGCAAAAAUAGUCUGAAGUUGAAUUAAGAUCAUUUAAGAUUUUUUUUUUUUCCUGAGAUGGUGAAAUCAACUGCUGUGAUGAGUGGUACCAACAUCAUGUGUUCACAUGCAUUUAAAAAAAAAUAAAUGACUUCAAAUACA